AUGGCCACGGAAGCACCUCUGAAAAUAGCCCCAUCUGAAUGCAGCCCUGCUCUGGACCCAGAAGCAGCUUUCAUUUGGCAGCCAAGCCCUGUCAGCAUGCACGUCACAAGGCCCAAGUCUGCCAAGGGACGCACACGAACAAAUCUGAACUACUCUCAUAGUUCUGAGGCCUCCUCUUACCGCAAGCCGCUUUCCCCAGCUCCUGCAGUUCCCUGUGAAGUGCCGGGCAGCCAGAAGCCAGUGGGCUCUGCUCCCAAACCCCCCAAUCAGGGAGCUCCUGAUGAGAUCCCUGAGCUGCUCCACCAGGUCCCUGUAGGGUCCUCCUCCUCUCUCAACAAGUACCGGGUGCUGCCUUCCAUUAACAGAAAGAACUUGGAAGAGGGGCCUGUGGAUACAGUGGCCAAACAGGCCAGCACUCUCAAACUGGGCAGCUUGCAGGAGCUCAAGGCCCUUUGCCGGGAGGAGGCCCACAGCAGGAAGUCAAGGGAGGGGUGUUUGCGGGUCCCUGCCCCUCCCCUGGAGGGCAAGCCCUGCAGUAGAACCAAAGAGCAGAGCUUGUCCCAGGCAGGGAACCUGGAGGAGCCAUCCGAUGGAGAGCCCAGGCUGCUCCUGGCUGUCCGGUCUCCUUCAGGGCAAAGGUUUGUCCGUCAUUUCAGGCCAACUGACAACCUCCAGACAGUCGUUGCUGUGGCCGAACAAAAGAACCUGACAACGUAUCAUCACUGUAGCAUCGAAACCAUGGAGGUUCCUAGGAGGAGCUUCUCUGACCUCAGUAAGUCCCUGGAAGAGUGCAGGAUUCCUCACAAGUCUGUGCUGGGCAUCUUACAGGAAAAGCGGGAGGGCCAGCCCUGAGCCCCUGUGUGGUUUGCUGGGCUCUUGCUCCUCUGAGCACUAUGGACUUGAGGCCAUGGAGAUCCCCAGAAGUAACUGGGCCUGGAGGGGUCUGUGGUUCUCAGCACUUCUGUCUCUAGAGAGCCUCCUUUUGAAGCAGUAAGAUGUGUAUAUAAAUUGAGUGUGCUGUAAGACAUCUUUCCAAUUCUUUCAGUCUUCCCUCCAUCUCAGAGGUGAGCAGGCAAGUUAACACAGCUGUUUGUGAAACAGCCGCUCCCAGGUCUUGUUCUCUCCUGUGCUCCCCUGCCCCCAUCUCCAGGGGCAGUCCUCUUGGGAGUAGUGGUCUUUGUAGUGGAUUGCACCAAUUCGAAGCCUGCCUCACCUCUCUGGAUUUGGCUGUGGGAAUUCUUCCUUUCCAGGGGAUUUGAGUCUAGGCCUAGGAGGCUGGGUUGGGGCAUUACCUAGGGGAAUCCUACUUAUUACUACGGUAGGUAGUCGGAGAGAGGAUUUGCCCUUCUCCUUUGACCUAGCAUCCCAAGUACUCACACACUUCUAAAAAUAACUCCCGAGACCCAAAGCAAGCUGGUUUUUCAUUGAGAAUACCCAGGUUUGGACCCCUGCUUUUUGGAGGCAGGGCUCAUUUUAGAAGCUAGCAGGUUCAUUUGCCGUGAUGCACAGUGCCUCCUCUUCAUUCCCAUUGCUUUUGUCUAGUACCUACUUUCAAAGGAAUGGGAGUGAACUGGCUCCCUAUCUCGUGGUCAUGGCCUCUAACCCACUAGGCAGGGCUCACUCACA